UCGUGAUCAUGUCCAGUUCAGAGAGCGAAAUAGACGACACAUCCGAUGUGGAACGGGAACGGCUAGCGAAAGCGGCCACUGAAGCGGGUGAUCCCGACGCGAACCACUCCGAUGAUGACGUAGAUAGGCCAAUCGAAAAAGAAGCGAGCGUUAGCUGGGAGGAACUGGGCAUUAUGGACACUUUGUGCCAGGCCUGUCGGGCACUGAAAUGGAAGGUCCCCUCGAAGAUUCAGCGUGAAGCGAUUCCACUCGCUCUGCAAGGAAAGGACAUUAUCGGUCUGGCGGAAACCGGUUCCGGAAAGACGGCGGCCUUCGCGUUACCGAUACUGCAGGCACUGCUCGACAAUCCCCAGCGGUACUUUGCCGUCGUUCUGACGCCCACCCGCGAACUGGCGUACCAAAUCUCGGAGCAGUUCGAGGCUCUGGGAACAACGAUCGGCGUCAAGUGUUGUGUCGUGGUCGGAGGCAUGGACUUAGUAGCGCAAGCCCUGCAACUUGCCCGCAAACCGCACAUCAUCAUCGCUACGCCCGGCCGGCUCGUGGACCACCUGGAGAACACGAAGGGCUUCAGCUUGAAAGCCCUCAAGUACCUGGUAAUGGACGAAGCGGACCGUAUUCUGAACAUGGACUUCGAGGUGGAGCUUAACAAGAUCCUGAAGGUGAUACCACGCGAGCGGCGCACUUUUCUCUUCAGCGCCACAAUGACAAAGAAGGUGCGGAAGCUCGAACGCGCGUCCUUGCGCGACCCGGUCAAGGUGGAGGUAUCGAGCAAGUAUCAGACGGUCGAUAAGCUGCUGCAAUAUUACCUCUUUAUACCGGCCAAGUACAAGGACGUCUAUCUGGUGCACGUCCUCAAUGAGCUGGCUGGCAACAGUUUUAUGAUUUUCUGCAGCACCUGCAACAACACCGUCCGGACGGCGCUGAUGCUGCGUGCGCUCGGAUUGGCGGCCGUACCGCUCCACGGUCAGAUGACGCAAAACAAACGGUUGGCUGCGCUGAACAAAUUUAAAUCGCAGACCCGCCAGAUACUCAUCUCGACCGAUGUGGCCUCGCGUGGUCUCGAUAUCCCGCACGUGGACGUCGUGCUCAACCUGGACAUUCCGAUGCACAGCAAGGACUACAUUCACCGCGUCGGUCGUACGGCUCGCGCGGGUCGUGCAGGGCAAGCCGUUACCUUCGUUACGCAGUACGACGUCGAGCUGUAUCAGCGGAUCGAGCAUUUACUGGGAAAGAAGCUGCCGCAGUACAAGUGCGAAGAGGAUGAGGUGAUGGCCCUGCAGGAGCGUGUCGCCGAGGCGCAGCGGACGGCACGCAUGGAACAGAAGGACAUUGAGGAGCGAAAGGCGAGCAAAACUGUAAAAGGCAAACGAGGUGCCACCGCCGGAUCCGAUGACGACGACACGGAGCAGUUCAAUGGCGUGCGCAAACGGUUGAAACCGAACGGCAAAGGUAAGCCGCAAUCGAGACGCCGAUAGAGUGGAAGAGAA